AUGUCGCCCCCGUCCGACUCGUGGCAGGACCGCUUGGCGGCGAUCCUGGACUCGAGCCGUCGACAUCUCGGCGCGGCGCCCACGCCGCAGACCAACGGCUUGGGCGCCUCGCCCGGGGCAGGGAACGGCCUCCCGCCGUCAUGGGAGUCCCCCCCGCCGGCGCAUUCCGCGGCCCCGGCGACGAAGGCGCUGCAGAUCGUUCCGUCCGUGCGCGACAGCCUGUCCCGCGAAGACACGAGGCGGCACAAGCAGGAGCUCACGGACCUCCUCCACGCCGUCCAGGGCACGCUCUCGGAGCUGCGCGUCGAGUCAGAGGCCGCCCGCGCGAUCGCCCGGGACGCUGCCAACGCCAUGCGCGGGUCCACCCGCGAGGUGCUCCGCGAACAGUCCGGGAUGGCCGAGGUCGAGACGCGGCUCGCGCAGCUCGAAAGCAGCGCCGCGCAGGGCGACCAGCGCCUCGCCCGCGCGCUCGCCACCGUGCAGGAGGCCGCGUCGCGUCUGCAGGUGCUCGAAGCGUCACUGGGGGACGUGGACGGCAGCCUCGCGCAGGUGGAGGCCGCGGUCGGGGCGCGCGCGGGGGCCGCGGAGCGCCGCGCGGGCGAGGCGGCGAAGGCCGCGCAGGCCGCGUCUUCGGAGAUCGAGGCCCUGCGCGCGGGGCUGCGCGACGCCAGCGACGGCACGCAGCGCGCGCUGCGGGAGGCAGGGGCGCAGGUGCGCGCGAUCGAGUCCCGCGCGGUGGCCCUGGAGCGCCUGACGCAGGGCAUGGACGCGCGCACGUCGGAGCACGCGACGCAGCUCGCGGCGGCGGCCCGCGCCGUCACGGAGCUGCGCGCGUGGCAGUCCGAGGUCACGCACACCCUCACGACGGUGCGCGCGCUCGAGGCGCGCCUCGAGAGCCUCGACGGGCGCAUCACGGAUCCCGCGACGCUGGCGCGGCAGGUGGCGGACGUGGAGGCGACGGUGCUGCGGCGCGCGGACGAGCGGCUGGCGUCGCGCGCGGCGGAGCUGGAGAGCGCGCUGCGGCGGGUGGCGGAGGCGCAGGAGCGCGAGGCCGGGAGCGCGGCGGCGGCAGUGGGGGCGCUGCGGCCGCGGGUGGACGCGGCGGUCGCGGAGGCCGGCCGCGCGGUCGCGGCGGCCGAGGCGGUGGAGCGGGAGCUCGCGUCGCGGCUCCCGAGCGGCGGCGCGCCGGCGGCGUCGCGCGAGGAGGUGCGGGAGCUGGCGGCGAAGGUGCGCGAGGCGUGGGGGCUCAAGGAGGAGCUGCGGGGGCUGAAGCGGGAGGUCGACGCGGUCGUGGCGGCCAAGGAGGACACGUCGUCGGUGGAGAAUGCGCUGAAGGGCGCCGCAGAGCUGCGCACGCGGCUGGCGUCCGUGGAGGCGCGGCUGGAGACGGCGUCGUCGAUGGUGGCCGAGUCGGGCGCGGCGGCGACCAAGCUGCCCGGGCUCGAGGCGCAGCAGAAGGCGCUGGUGCGGGAGGUCGCGGAGCUGCAGGAGCGCAUGACGGCGCUGUCGAGCAGGCAGGACAAGGCGGCGGCGGCGGCGGCGGCGGCGGCGGCGAACGCGCCGGUGGCCAGCGUCCCCGACAAGAAGGCAGUGGCGCAGCAGAUCAGCGCGGCGCUCACGGAGGCGAUGCACGGCGAGAUGCGGGAGAGGAAGGCCCUCGAGGCGAGGCUCGCGGAGAACGCGAGCGCGGUGGAGAAGGCGCGGUCCGCGGCGGAGGCCCGCGCGGCGGAGUUCGACCGCAUCGUCGACACCAUCCACGAGAACAUGGAGACCAUGUAUCAGAACAUGACGUACCUCGAGGAACAAAUAGAGGCGGCGCGGACCUCCGGGGCGGCGUCCGCCAAGGGCGCGAAGAAGCCCGCGGGCGGCGACCCCGGCGACCUCGCGGACGCCCGGCAGCAGAUCCGGCGACUGCGGGGCGCGGUGGACGGUCUGCAGGGGCAGGCCGCGGUGUCGGACGCGAACAUCAGCGCGUUCAAGGCCGCGCUGGAGAGCGUCGAGGCGCGCGCGGGGAGCAUCGAGGAGUCGCACGUCGCGCUGCAGCGGGAGCUGGCCGCGCUGAAGAUCGCGGGGGGGUCCGGGGGGGGGUUGGCGGGCGGGGACCCGCAGGCGACGCGCGAGGUGCUGGAGCCGCUGCUGCGCGCCGUGCAGGACGAGUCGUUCGCGGCGAUCGAGACGCUCAAGCAGGGCCAGGCGAACCUGACGGCGCACGGCGCGCGGCGCGACCAGGACCUGCGCGCCCUGCGCGCCACCGUGGCGCGCCUCGAGGCCGGCCGCGAGGACAUAGUGCGCAUCGAGCAGCUGCAGCAGCGGCUCGAGAGCGUGCAGGCGCAGAUCGACGGCCUGCGCGGGAGCCGCGGCGCCGACGCGGGGGCGUCUGCUCACGCGCGGGGGGGGGCUGUUCCGGGCAGCGCGACUGCGGCGGAGGUCGAGGCGCUGCGCUCGGAGAACCGCGCGCUGCGUGCGGCCGUGAACGGCCUCCUGCGGGACGCAGGGAAGCCGCCGCUCGCCGCGCCGCCGCCCGCCGAGCGCACCCCCGUGGCCUCGCCCUCGCUGCGCGGGCUGCAGCCGCUGGGGUCCGCGGGCGGCGCACCGGCGGCGGUGCCGCUUCAGUCCGUGGAGUCCCCGGGCGACGUGACGGCGCUGGCGGACCCGGCGGCGGGCGCGGUGACGUCCCCGGGGGCGAGCCGCGCCGAGCAGGCGUCCCGGAAGAGCCUCGGAGACUCCCUGGACGACCUCAUCAUGUCGACGGGGUCCGAGCACCUCGACCCCCCCGGGUCCGCGCAGCGCACCACGUCGGGCGUGCAGAUGGCAUUCGGGUUCGAGGACGAGGGGGAGCCGGCAGCGGAGGCUGCGGCGGAGCGCAGCACCGGCUCCCGCGACGAGCCGCUGUCGCCGUACCUGAGCUCGAUCCCCGUCGGCCCCGCGGGGGCGGCGGAGGACAACCCGGCCGCCGCGGGCGCCGGUGCGCCGCCGCUGCCGGCGUCGUCGAUGCCGCGCGGGGUCGACGUGAGCGGCGUCAACGACAGCUCGCUCAUGCUCGACGUCGGCCCGCGCGGCGCGGGCGGCGACGCCGAGGAGGUCCCCCAGAUGCAGCGGGGGCGCGCCAACGGCGCGGACGCGGGCAGCGGCGACGAGGACGCGAGCGCGCGGGGCGCGGGCGCGGCGGCGCAGCGCGGCGCGUUCGGGAGCCCGAUGAAGCCGCAGUCCGCGGCGGCGUCCGGGAGCGGCAGUUUGAGCAGCGACGGCGUUCUGGAGAUCGACGAGAUCGGGGACGCGGAGGAGGAGGCGGCGCCGGUGGAGGCGGACAGCGGGAUCGGCGCGGGGCUGAUGCACAACCCGAUGUUCGACGGCGGCGCGGGGGGCGCGCCGGCGAUGGCGACGGCGCGGUCGCUGGAGCUGAGCUCUCUGAGCGGGAUGAGCUACGGCGGGGCGUCGCCGGGUGGGAAGACCGCGGGCGAGGACUCGACGCCGACGUCGGCGCAGAAGAAGCCCGCGGCGUCGCCUCCGCGGCGGCCGCCGAUCGGGCGGUUCGACAUGUUCGCGGAUGACGGCGGGGGGGUGGAUGAGGGGGCGUCGAGCGACGAGGACAGCGCGCCGUCGCAGGGGGCGUUCGGGCAGUCGGACUCCGAGGACGACCCCGCGGAGCUCAGCGCGAACAUGGAGGAGGUGCGCGCGCGUCUGGCGGACAAGGGCCUGGACGAGUUCGAGAGGGGGGUUUUGCAGGACACCCUGCAGGACCUGAACCGGCGGUCGUCGCGGCAGUCCCGGCGCGCGCCGAGCGAAAGCACGGGCCCGGCGAACAGCGAGAGGAAGGAGGUGAGGCCGAUCGAUCUCUUCGGCGCCAGCGACCCCAUCGACGACUCGGACUCCGACGCGAGCCUCGAGGCCGCGUUCCGCAUGCAGCCCGGCCAGCCCACACCCCCCACCUCAGCCCCCCCACACAACACCGACACCGACGCGCCCGGCGACGCCGGCAGCGACGCCCUGGUCGGCUACGCCGACGACAACGACGGGUGGUCGUCGUCGGUGGACGCGCAGGAGCUCGAGGAGGAGCUGGCAGACCUGGACGCGCAGCUGGGGCGCGGGGACCUGGACGAGUUCCAACUGUCGAUGUUGCAGGAGGCGCGGCAGGACGUGCAGAACAAGCUGGACGCGGUGCGGCGGGCGACGUGA